AUGGUGGGCGUGCCCAGGAGUACAGGAUGUGCGACAUGUGUGUCGAGACGCAUCAAGUGCGAUGAAGGACGGCCAACAUGUCAGAAAUGCGCAAAGUCAGGACGUCAAUGUCCAGGCUACUCCCGCGAGCUUCAGUUUAGAAACAAAACGAUGACAGUCGUGUCGAAUCGUCAACGAGCAGUAAUCAUCAGUUCGAGAUCUACAGCUUCACCUACAGAUUCGAGUACUAGCAGUAGCAGCUCGGUGGAUGUACGCAGAGAUUCUGCUGUUGUGACAACUCCUCCCGAGCCAGCUGUAAAUUCGCUGCAAAUGCCUCGGACGGAACAGCUUCAGCUCAUGGCUGCUUUGAUAGACGGGUUUGCGCCGCCCUCAGCAGAACCCAAACAAGGCCCUUCCAUGAUCAGAGAGUGGUUGUCCUUCGUGUAUUACCGUAUAGGGUCCAUGACCCCCUUAGAUCUUGCAAUGCGAUCAGUCGCUUGCAUGCAAUUUGGUUUGCGGAACAAGGACACACGAUCGAUCAAUAUCAGUCGCACAUAUUAUGGAGGCGCACUCCAGACCUUGCGCAAGGCUCUCGUAACGCCGACUACAGGACAACCAGAGCUGCAAAGCACCGUGAUGCUGCUCACGUUUUAUGAGCUCAUGUCAAAUAGAAAGGAGGAUGAAUGGAUACGACACUCUGGUGGCUCGGUCGAGAUGAUGCGGAUGCGAGGUCCGAGAGCAUACGCGAACAGGAAGAGCUUCGAUUACUCCAUGUAUCUCGUAUGCAGGUACUCCAUCGUUAUGGAAGCCUUCUACAAGCGCAAAGCUUGCUUCCUCGACGAUCCAGCGUGGAACGAGUUGGCCCACGAUCCUGAUUCAGAAGAGGGAGAUAUUCGAGAGUCCAUGUUUCGAAUCCACGUCCAGAUACCAGGAUUGAUUCGCAAUGCUCAAAGGACCGCUACCGGACAAUACGACGCUUCCGAGCUGGUAAAGAAGACCAUAGAACUACGGACGGCCGUCAAACGAUUAUACGACGAGUGGAUACCAGCUCUGAAAGCCAGCAACAACAUGCCGAUUGAAAUUCCAGGCGAGGACGAGCUCUUCCCGAUGGUUUAUUAUUUCAACAAUUUGGCCGUGCACGGAUUCAUGUCGCAACACUGCUCGACAAUUAUCCAGCUAAACUCAGUCCUGAUCCAGUGUGGUUUGCCAGGAAAAGAAGAGUACAUCCAGGAGUGUCGCGAGCAAGCGGAGCAACUCUGUAGAUAUGUACAUUUCGCUCAAGGCCGUGUACUUGGAUCCAUUUUGCUGCAUGCCUGGCUCAUCACUGCGAAACGUUAUGCAGAUGAGAAGUAUCAGGACUGGAUCACUGCCAAACAGGCGGCCAUUCAAAGAUGA